AUGAACUUCAAACCUAUCAUCGGACAGAAUAUUGAUACAGACCCCAGGCAUAGUUUUUGGACAGAUGUAUUCAAUAUUAUUGAAGGCGGUAGCAUUAACAUAACUCAAGGGGAUAUUAGCACAGCUGUACAGUAUGUGGAUAAAUCACAACAACAAGAAGGACCUAAUUCCAAAUCUGUACUAUUGUCUAAGGCAUAUAUAUCUCCAGAGACGACUAGAGAAUUGACAAUGAAACACAAUUUCGUAAUGUCUACGCUACCAAGAAAAUUACAUAAAUCCACAUACGUGAAGGGUGCCAAUGGAAUUGUUAUUAUUGGAGGACAGAAGUUUUCAUGGUUAUCUUAUCUUUCUUUGGUGGCUUUGAGGAAAUCUGGAUCAAAUAUCCCAGUGGAAAUAGUAAUGCCCCAACACGAAGACUUCGUUCAAGAACAAGAAUUCUGUCAAAAAACCCUACCCAAGUUGAAUGCGAGAUGUGUUGUUCUAGCAGAAUCCUUAGGAGCUGAGGUUAUGUUUAAAUGGUCGUCCAAUUUUGCUAACUAUCAAUUAAAGUCACUAGCUUUGAUGGUUUCAAGCUUUCAGAAUGUACUAUUGUUGGAUUCUGACAACAUUCUUGUUCAAAACCCGGAUUCUCUCUUCACAAGUAAAUUAUUCAAAGACUAUGGAAUGGUAACUUGGCCAGACUACUGGGAAAGAACAAUAUCUCCAGUAUUUUACGACAUAAGCGGGUUGAAGGUGAAUGAAGAUAAACGCGUAAGGUACAACAGAUUCCCCUUAGCGACUCCCGAUGGGCUAACAAGCAACUUGAAUACGAGAGAAUCUAUAGCUGAUGAGGUGCCUUAUCAUGAUCUAGAAGGUGCCAUUCCCAACUUAUCUACAGAGUCAGGUCAAGUUUUAAUCAACAAGGAUACCCAUGCGUGUACUUUAUUGUUGUCGAUGUAUUACAACAUGUUGGGUCCAAACUUGUAUUAUAAGUUAUUUUCCUUGGGAGAACAGGGAGAGGGUGAUAAAGACACUUUUCCUGCGGCGGCUAGUGUGUGUGGAGAGAAUUUCUAUCAGGUUAAGUCAUUUAUACGAACGUUUGGCUACUUUGAUGACGGUGGUAAUUUUCAAGGUGUGGCUAUGGGUCAAAAGGAUCCGCUCGGUGAUUACGAAAAGUAUCAAAAAUAUUUGGAAACUCCUUCAAAAUCAAAGGAAAAUAAACAUAUACCUAUCAAGUCCCAAAUUGAGAACAUUGACAACUUACAGAAAGAGCACUUCUCUGGAGAUUCUGGAAAACUAUUUGCCAUUCACUGUAACUUUCCAAAAUUUGACCCUGUAGGUUUGCUUGCGAGAGAAGAUUUGUGGGAUGCUGAAAACAAGAGGCUUAAAUAUCGACUUUUUAGUGGAUUCACCUAUGAUGAUCCUAACAUCAAAGCAAAGACUUUGGAUUUCGAAUUAGAGCAAUGGAAAAACAUCGAGAAAGCUCUUUGCAGCGAGACAAUCGAUUUUCCGUACUUUAAGUCAGAGAAUAUUGAAGAAAUAUGUACGCUUGCAAGAAACCAAGUGAGAUUCCUUCAAAGUGUUCCAUAA